GUUCAAGCCCAGGAGGUACAACCCUAUAAUGCACAAGAAAUUUCUGUGACUCUUUGGAACGUCUCAUGGUUCCACAAUUAUUAGGACUAUGGCAGGUGAUGCAUCCCAAUUUUGAAUUUGGUGUCUAUCUCUCAAAAAACACUAUCUCUUCAUAAACCUCACCAUCUUAAACCCUACUAACUUGGGGCUGUAACAGAGGAAAUUUCCACCCAAUUUCUCUCUGAUUUGCCCCCAGGUGAAAAAUGAUUCACAACAUUCUUGGAACAUUAUUUCCAGCUACAAAACACUCAAUUUCAUGCAGGCCCUUAUAACUUAGUAUUUAUAUGUAUUAUAUUCAUAGUUGGGUUGCUGAUAAACUGAUGGAAAGAAGUAAAGAAAUAUUGAAGUCUUUGUUGUUAAUUGUGGGUCAUAAACACAUUCAAGAAUGGGCAAUUUCAAGUUGGUUUAAGGAAAAAGUUUUGAUUUUUAUGAAUGUUAUGUUAUUUUAGUUUGAAAAAUGAUUCACAACAUUCUUGGAACAUUAUUUCCAGCUAUAAAACAGUCAUUUCAUUCAGGUAUGAGUAACUUUGUAUUUUUAUAUGUAUUACUCAUAGUGGGGUUGCUGAUACGAAGCUAGUAAAGAAACAUUGAAGUCUUUGUUGUUAAUGGUGGGUCAUAAUGACAUUCAAGAAUUGGCAAUUUCAAGUUGGUUUAAAGAAAAAGUUUUGAUUUUUAUGAAUGUUGUUGUCUUUUGAGAAGUAUAUUUGUAUUUUUAUGUGUACUACUCUUAGUUUGCUGCUGAGUAACUGAGAGAAAGCAAGAAGGGAAGCAUUGAAAUGGGCAAUUUGAAGUUGGUUUUAGGGAAAAAAAUUGACUUUUUAGUUCUUAUGGAUGUUUUGGUAGUUUGAGAAGUAUAGUUUCAGAAUGGGCAAUUCAUUCUGGUUUUUACCCCUCUAAAUAUUGGUUUUGAAGUUUGUAGUUGGUGUUACUUUCAGGGGCAAUUUUUUGCUUCUUGAUUGGCUGUGUUCAAUGGAGCUAGUGCGUUUGGGACUAGUAAGAGGGAGGAAGCUUUGACAGGUAAUGUGUAUAGUACAUAACAUCAAACACGCAACACAACUAAUGAGCAAUUGAUAUUCCAAUUUCAUUCAGUGUGAAGGAGUCCAGAUCCCACUUGUGGGAUUACACUGGGUAUGUCAUUGUUAUUCAGUGUGUAGGAGUUACAUCCACAUUGCAGUUGGCAAUCUUCUAGCAUUUUAUGUUUUGAAGGGAACUUUUAAAUCAUCUGUGAAAUAAUGGCUCGGGGAUGUCAACCGCGCCCAAGUAACAAACCUUCAAUCAGAUACAGGUGUAAUCUACUUGAGGGAGCACUGUUUGAACUCACUGAUCUUGACCGAGAAAGUCAUGCCCCUAUUUCAUCCGAAAAUAAGGAGAACCCUAAAAAUUCUGAGUCUUCUGAAAUAAUGAGCACAAGUGAGCUCAUAUCAGCAGUUGGAAGUAUAUGGGAUUCUGCAGCUCCCCCUCUUACACGGAUCCUAUCUAAAUCAAGAUCUAGAUGCAAUAACGCCGAUCACCAAGAAAACAACAAAUAUGGUUACUCCACUGCAGAUAAAAUUUCUGGCGCUUGUUUUUCAACUUAUGAUUUCCCAAUACCUGUCAAUGUGGAUAGUGAUACAGAUUCUUCACCGCUGGUGCUCGCAAAUGUGGAACGUCUGACAGCAAACCAGAAAGUCUCGUUCUUUGGUCCUCUUUUAGGAAAUUCUCCUCUGUUGAGUCUCCUCCAUGGCGGAUCUACCAUGCAUCCAGAUACUCGUAAAACAAAAGAUCUUGCCAAUGAUUUACAGAGUGUGUAUGGUUGGAUGCAUGAAAUAUCCUCACUGAAAGUUAAGCAUCAUUUAAAUUGUGCUAGUAUUGGAAGCUACGAAAGCAGAAAAUGUACCAUAGAAGACACGACAAACAGUCCUUCAAGUUGCUGCUCAGAUGUGGAUACAGUAAAUGCUGAUUGCCAGGCUGAUAUGGAAAAACCGGCUGGUUCAUUGUUAACUGAGAUUGCGAAGCACAAUGGGAUCAACAAGGUGUCAACCAGUAAUUCGUGUCUAGGGCACUAUAAUGAGGUUUUUCAUGAGAAAAAGUCAAACACGCUUGAGAUUCCUUGUUCUAAAAGUAAGUCAGUAUCCCAUGAGUACUCUCUUCCUCCAACUUGUUUUGCUAGUGUUGACGACAAAAUUGAUGCUAAGGAUCAGAUGUAUGAUUCUACAAUCAAUGAAAAAGUAGAACUGAAGGAAGAGCUCAGUUCUGAAGUACAGAUUUCCGUGGUAAAGGACAAGCCUCAUUAUGCACUUGCAAAACAAGAACAUGCUUUUGCAGGAGCAAUGGCUGGAAUUUUUGUCAGCCUUUGUCUUCAUCCAGUUGACACAAUUAAGACUGUUGUUCAAUCAUGUCACAAUCAUCAGAAACCACUUUAUUAUAUAGGAAAAUCAUUUAUUUCUGAAAGAGGAGUAACAGCACUUUAUCGGGGAAUUUCUACCAAUCUUGCUUCAUCUGCACCAAUAUCUGCCCUUUACACCUUUACAUACGAAUCAGUGAAAGGGGCUUUGCUUCCUCUUUUUCCUAAGGAAUAUCACUCUUUUGCACACUGCUUGGCAGGGGGUUGCGCAAGCAUUGCCACUUCAUUCAUUUUCACUCCGAGUGAGCGUAUAAAGCAACAGAUGCAAGUGGGUUCGCACUAUAAGAACUGCUGGAAUGCCUUAAUUGAGAUUAUAAGAAGUGGUGGUUUGCCUUCACUAUAUGCUGGAUGGAGAGCUGUACUCUGGAGGAAUAUUCCACACUCAAUCAUUAAGUUCUAUACAUAUGAAAGAUUGAAGGAUUUGAGGUUUUCAUCAGUUCAACUGGGCAAGCAAAAUGACACACUAAUGACGCUUGCCUGUGGCGGAUUAGCUGGAUCUACUGCUGCACUAUUCACAACUCCAUUCGAUGUUGUCAAGACAAGAUUACAAACACAGAUUCCUGGAUCUGGGACUCAGUUAGGUGUAUUUGGCAUACUUCAAGAAAUUGGAAAGCGUGAAGGUUUGAAGGGUCUAUACAGGGGCUUGAGUCCUAGAUUGAUCAUGUAUAUGACCCAGGGAGCACUUUUCUUUGCAUCUUAUGAAUCUUUCAAGAGGGUAUUUUCUUUGGAGGUCCCGCAGCCUAAAACAGAAACGGGUACAUAUGAAGGUAUGGAAGAUGAUCCUGCAACAUUACCUUCACCAAGCUAACAAAGGAAAGAUCAGUUCAAGGCAGUGUAAUCUUGCAGCAAUUUUCCAAGUCAGAUAAUAUGCUUUCAAGAUUAACAUGGAUAUUUUCCUUUGGGCUGGAAGUCCAAACAGAUUAUGAAGGAAACUGAUGUGCUAACUACUGACUGGUUCUCUUAACACUUCAUAGAAGCAAGCUGGCCGAUUAUCUAUUGAAUUUUGAACCGUUGCACCAGCUAGCCCUCGGGGAUUUCUCGGUUAUCAAAAAACAUGGGGGCAUUUUCCUCGAGUUUUAGGAAAUGAGAGGGGAAAUUGGAGAGGAUGUAGGGAUGCCUACUUUUGUACUAUAAUGUAGUUUUGAUAUUUAACAUUAACAUAGGCGGCCCAACUGAUUUGUAAUUGAUUAAUUGAUUGAUUGAUUGAUUAAUUUCUAGUGAGUCUGCAAUAAGGUAAUAA